GAGAAGAGAGCAAUAGGGAAAGAGUGCAAAAAAAGGGAGGACAGCUCAGCAAAUCAGCCCAGUAGCAUUCCUCUCACAGCUGAUAUCCAGGCUGGGAGGGGGAGUUUAGCUCACCAGGAGAAAAAAAAAACAAGAAAUUGCAUUAAAAAACAAAUUUUCUCUGAGUGAAGAAAUCAGAAGACUCUCUGGAGAGGAAAGGGAACAACAAGAAAGAGGAAUCAGAGAGCUGCUGCAGCCUCCGAGUGUCCUGCAGGGCAAGAUGGAUUCAGACUCCGGAGAGCAGAGUGACGGAGACCUCUCUCCAGGGCAGGAGAGCUUUAACUCUCGCUCCCUGGCCCUGCAGGCCCAGAAGAAGAUCCUGAGCAAAAUGGCGACCAUGGUGGUGGCCAACAUGUUGACAGAUGACACCAGCAGCGAGAUCUUGGACGAGCUCUACAAGACGAGCCGGGAGUUCACCAAGAGCAAGAAGGAGGCCCACAAGAUCAUCAAGGACGUCAUAAAGAUCGCCCUGAAGAUCGGCAUAUUGUACCGCAACCACCAGUUCAGCCCUGACGAGCUGGACACAGUGGAGCGCUUCAAGAAGAAGAUGAACCAAGCGGCUAUGACGGCAGUGUCGUUCUACGAGGUGGAGUACACCUUUGACAGGAAUAUUCUGUCUGAGCUCCUGCUGGAGUGUAGGGACCUGCUUCACACCCUGGUCGAGCAUCACCUGACCGCGCGCUCACAUGCACGCAUUGAUCAUGUUUUCAACCAUUUUGCCCAUGGGGAGUUCCUGGCUGAGCUGUACGGGGACGGAGAGGAGUAUAGACUCUCUCUGAGGAAGAUCUGCAACGGCAUCAACAAACUGCUGGACGAAGGAACGCUUUAACCUCUCACAUCUGACCUCUUUCACCUUUAGCUCUUUAUCCUCUUGCUCCUUAUCUCGCUGGUCUCUCCUGCCUCCUUUUAUUUCCUAUUCACUUGCUCACCCCUGGCCACUCACAUCGUCUGCCUGUCUGCUCUCGUUCUUCCUGUUUCUUCUUCAUCCAUUUCUAUGAGGCUAGUUGUAACUAUCCUGCUGCUGUGUUCAAUGAUGGAUUUUUGAGACUGUUUUUCCACUCAGUGGAUCAUUGCUGCACAGUGUUAAAGCAUUCCAAGUCAUCCCCGUUUGUGUGCAAAAGUGUACUGUACCAAUGGCCAAAAAACAUACAUUAGGUAUUUGGAUAUGGAAGAUAAUCAGUGGUAGUAAUCAGUCUCUCGCUCUGUGUGUGUGUGUGUGUGUGUGUGUGUGUGUGUGUGUGGGAUUCUCUUGAAUAAUGUGUUUGUAUAUAAGACCAACUAUGACAUGGUGUGUGUUAUGUAUCUGUGACUAUGUCAGUCUUCUCUACAAGGGUGUAACACUUGUCUUUUAUUAAAGAUUUCUUGUAAACAUUA